AUGCGCUCUUUUAUCACACUCUCACUCCUGACCUCAGGAGCUGUUGCAGUCUGGAAUGCAAAGGCUUGCAACGGUGUGGGAGGCUGCAUCUCAGGCACAACACUGACACCCGACCCCUUCAGAUGCCCUGAUGGUACAGGCUUGAAUCUUCAACAAACUGCACAUGCAGACAUCGGCACUUGGGCCGGUGGAUAUGACAUCAUCUCCAAGGCUGAGUUUCCAGACCAUUGCCUUCACGGCGCUAAGCCUGGUGCUAAUGACUUGCUUGUUGUUAGAACCCUAGACCUUGGUCGAAAGAUGUACUCUUUCAUAAGCGAGACUUGCGGGGACAAGAACCCUCCAGUCAACUGCUACAGUGCACUACCCAACCCUGGCUCAUCGACAAUUUGCUUGAUAGUUGAUAGCAACGGUGAGGAGUGCGUUGCAAACCCCAAUGCGGGUCAAUGUGAGAGAGGAUCGACUAUGCUUAAUAUUCCCAAUCCUUGUCAAGGCUGGCAAAUCGGCAUGCCUGAUCAGCCAGAGCAAUCAUUUUAG